ACACACGACGUUUACGAAUGAAGGUGUUCCUUCAUCCGCGCGUUCGUCGCCACCGCGCCACCAUCACUCGCUGUCUAGCCUCGGCAAUUUGCAAGAGCUUCUGGUCGUAUUCAGCUGUCUCAGCAUGGUGUCCAGCGGAGGUCCCGUAGCAUUACACCACCAAUCAUUAGCAAUCGCUGUUUAAGUCAACACUCGUAUCAGCAUCCAGCAGCUCUGUCGCCCCAAACCAGUGAAUUUCAAGCAAUCCACAGACCGGCAAGCGAGUUUCAAUGAGUUCCCAUUGACCGUCCAGUCUUGUGGUCACCUUGCCGAUUUUCUGGAGGCAUCGGCUACGACGCAUUUUCUUUUUCCCCAGUCAAGUUUCGGCGGGAUACCUUGGAUUCCAGGUUUCGCAGAGAACUUUCGUUACCCCAGCAGUCCUCACGGCCGAGUUCGCUAUAAGUCCAAUCUCAUCGUCACAGCUCCCUAUUCACCUACGUCGCUGUUCUGGUUUUCCGGCGGUUUACAAAAGUCUCUGGUGCCCUCCGAGCAUUGACACCGGCGGCAGCCAGCCACUGUGAUCGAUAUCGGUGCAUAUCGCCACCGGUCCAGUUUUCAGAAACAAAUUUUCCUAACUAGCUUCCAAGAACAUGACGCUCUUAGCCUUGACAAAGCUGCUCAUGCUCUUUGCUCUCUGCCAACUGGCUCUUCCAAUCUCAUGCAGAGCCGACCAAUUGGACAACCUCAAAAAGCUGCUGGAAUCCCGAAAAUCCCGCAACCUUCCUGAUUCCAAACCAUGGAACUUGGAGAAGGCUUCAAGCGUUUAUGUCGGACCACAAAAAGGACUGAUGGAAGCGGACAAGAUCACCGCUUUACCCGGACAACCGGACGGAGUGGAUUUUGAUCAGUAUGCAGGGUACGUCACAGUCAACCCGAAGGCCGGAAGGGCCCUGUUCUAUUAUUUCGUGGAGUCUCCUCAGAAUUCUUCCACCAAGCCUCUGGUGCUGUGGCUCAAUGGAGGUCCCGGAUGCUCAUCCCUCGGCUAUGGAGCUAUGGAAGAGCUAGGACCUUUCAGAGUCCACAGUGACGGGAAGACUCUUUACCGCAACAACUAUGCCUGGAACAAUGUGGCAAAUGUGAUCUUCUUGGAGUCCCCUGCGGGAGUCGGGUUUUCGUAUUCAAACACGUCCUCUGACUAUGCAAAAGCAGGAGACAAUAGCACUGCAGACGAUUCCUAUACAUUCCUUGUGAAUUGGCUAGACAGGUUCCCCCAGUACAAAACCCGUGAUUUCUACAUUACUGGGGAGAGCUAUGCAGGUCACUACGUGCCUCAACUUGCUUAUACUAUUGUCUCAAGGAAUAAGAAUCCGAAUCAAACGCACAUCAACCUUAAAGGCAUCGCUAUUGGAAACGCAUGGAUAGAUGACAAUAUGUGCCUCAAGGGAAUGUAUGAGUAUUUCUGGACGCAUGCCUUGAACUCAGAUGAAACACACGCGGGAAUAAUGAAGAAUUGUGAUUUUGUCACCGGGAAGUCUUCAAUCGCCUGUGACCAAUAUACAAGUGAAAGUGCUCAAGAGCAUGGUGAUCUAGAUAUCUACAACAUAUAUGCCCCAUUCUGCAAGCCAACGGGACCAAAAUCCAGCUCAUCUGGUUCUGUCAAUGAUUUUGACCCUUGUUCUGAUAAUUAUGUCGACUCAUAUCUGAAUCGUCCGGAGGUUCAAGCAGCUCUUCAUGCAAAGCCGACGCAAUGGUCCGCUUGCACUGACUUUCCUUGGACAGACAGCCCGGCAACCAUUCUACCAACAAUCCAGCAACUCAUAGCAAGCGGAAUCGAUGUAUGGGUAUACAGCGGCGACAUUGAUGGGCGAGUUCCAGUGACAUCGUCUAGAUACUCUUUGAAUGCCUUAAAGCUUCCAGUUAAAACAGCUUGGCGUCCAUGGCAUUCCAAUGGCGAGGUCGGAGGAUAUGUAAUUGGAUAUAAAGGGGUGACAUUAACUACAGUCAGAGGUGCUGGACACACAGUUCCAAGCUACGAGCCAGAGCGAGCACUGACCUUGAUUGCGGCUUUCCUUCAGGGACAACUUCCUCCGAUCUCCUAGGAAACUUUACGCUUUAUCAAGGCCACAAUAUGUGAUCACAUGCUACUAGAUAGCCUCAUGGAAGGCACAUGUAUGAACUGUGUCAAUGUUAACAUUGGCGAUUGAUGUGACUUUAAAGGGAUGAUAUAUGCUCUA